GCGAUGUGCGCCAUUUUGGAAAAAAAAAAUCACGGAGGGCUCCGGCGGCUCUGAUUCCCGGCGCUUUAAUCCCUGUCACCUGCAGCUUUAACCCGUUUCGUGAGUUUUAAGUAAACACCAAACUAUAGUGCACCGGAUUCCCCUCCCCGCCCCAGCGAAGCCAAACCGCUCCCGAAGGAAGCCAUGGCAGGAGUCGGAGGAGGGAACGAUUUCCAAUGGUGUUUCUCUCAAGUAAAAGGUGCCAUAGACGAAGAUGUGGCGGAAGCUGAUAUUAUUUCAACAGUAGAAUUCAACUACUCCGGAGACCUGCUAGCCACUGGGGAUAAAGGGGGAAGAGUUGUUAUAUUUCAAAGAGAACAAGAGGGUAAUAACAGAAGUCAUUCCCGGGGUGAAUACAAUGUUUAUAGCACUUUUCAGAGUCAUGAACCUGAAUUUGAUUAUUUGAAAAGUCUAGAAAUUGAAGAAAAAAUCAAUAAAAUUAGGUGGUUGCCCCAGCAAAAUGCAGCUCAUUUCCUUCUUUCUACAAAUGAUAAAACUAUUAAAUUGUGGAAAAUAAGUGAACGAGACAAAAGAGCAGAAGGAUAUAAUCUUAAAGAUGAAAAUGGAAGACUUAGAGAUCCUUUUAGAAUUACGUCAUUGAGGGUGCCUGUUUUGAAGCCAAUGGAUUUAAUGGUAGAGGCAAGUCCUAGAAGAAUAUUUGCCAAUGCACAUACGUAUCACAUCAACUCAAUCUCAGUAAAUAGUGAUCAUGAAACAUACCUUUCAGCAGAUGACCUAAGAAUAAACUUGUGGCAUUUAGAAAUCACAGAUAGAAGCUUUAAUAUUGUAGACAUUAAACCUGCCAAUAUGGAAGAAUUAACAGAAGUCAUUACAGCAGCAGAGUGUCAUCCAAAUCAAUGCAAUGUUUUUGUCUAUAGCAGUAGCAAAGGAACUAUACGUCUUUGUGAUAUGCGUGCAUCUGCCCUCUGUGACAGGCAUUCAAAAUUUUUUGAGGAACCUGAAGAUCCAAGCAGUAGGUCAUUCUUUUCGGAAAUCAUCUCAUCAAUAUCAGAUGUUAAAUUCAGUCACAGUGGUAGAUACAUGAUGACAAGAGACUAUCUCUCGGUAAAGGUGUGGGAUUUGAAUAUGGAAAGCAGACCAGUCGAAACAUACCAGGUCCAUGAAUAUCUUCGCAGUAAACUGUGUUCCUUGUAUGAAAAUGACUGCAUUUUUGACAAAUUUGAAUGUUGCUGGAAUGGUUCUGAUAAUGCUAUUAUGACUGGAUCGUACAAUAAUUUCUUCAGGAUGUUUGACAGAAACACUAGGAGAGAUAUUACACUUGAAGCAUCAAGAGAAAGCAGCAAACCUCGUGCCAUCUUAAAGCCCAGAAAGGUUUGUACUGGUGGCAAGAGGAAGAAAGAUGAGAUAAGUGUUGAUAGUCUGGACUUCAAUAAGAAGAUACUGCAUACAGCCUGGCACCCUAAAGAAAACAUCAUUGCUGUAGCGGCCACCAACAAUCUGUAUAUAUUUCAGGACAAAAUUAAUUAAAAUUGGCUCAUUUGAUGGCAAGGUUAUGUUCUUACAUAGUUAAGCCUAGUUGUUUUUCUGUUAAAGAAAAAGGCCACAUUGUCGUCCAAGGGAACACAACACACCCAUCUCCUUUAGGAAACAGAAAAGCUGGCUUGUUUCUUUGCGUCAGUUGUGGGUUUUUUUUUUGGGGUGGGUUAGGGGGAAGGGGGUAUGAUGGAAGGCUGAUGACAUAAGUACACAUUCUCCAAACCAGAGAGAACCACCAGAACUAAUGAACAUUUUCAGUACCACAAAUGUCAAAACAAAAUAAAAAUGUGUAUUUAUUCAAGUCUGAGCAUUUUUUCUUUUUCCUUUUUUCAAGACCAAAUUAUGGAAAACCCAGUAAACAUGUUAUUUUUCCGGCCUUUCUAAAACAUGAAUACAUAUUAACAUUCCUCUGCUAGCGUCAGUUAAAUGGACUGUGUUUUAUCCUUUAAGCACUUGAUCACGUCUGAAGUUUGGUCAGUGAUACAUAUUUUUGUUUUGUGGGGUGGGGAUUGCUUUGGGAUUGGAUGUGAUAAAGGUUACAUUUCUUGUAUAAUUACAUUUAUUCACUGACUGUAUUUAAAGUCCACACCUUCUGGUGUCAAACACUUAAUAAAAAAUAACAGAUAAAGAGGUGUUUUUAAAUUUAAAAAAUACAUUUCUUGUUUUCUGUUCAGUUUUUUGCAUGCAUGUGGAUGCAAAUAACAAUGGAGGAACAAAUGCUUAAAACAGUAAUGUUACCCAGCAGUUUCAGUUUAUGCAACCUUUAAAAAGUAAUGUUCUUUUGAAGUAUGUGAUGCCAUGGUAGCAUCAUUUCAAACCAGCUGACAGUAUGCAGUCAGCAUUUAUAUUUGCUCCUUUCUGUUAUACUGUAGGUCGGUGGUGGUUGAGCUUUAAGCAAUAGGUGUUCACAAAAAGGGAAUCUGCAACCUUAAAGCCUGCACUACAUUUUUUUUUAAACUAACACAGUAAUAUGUAUUUAUACUAUUUACUUUUAUGGUUUACUCUGUCAUUUAAAUGUGUCACGGGUAUCAUACCUUUUGUGCAUUAAUUUUUAUAUUUUCACUCCCCAUCCAUUGAACAUUAAGUUGCUUAUGAUAGGUGCUGAUAAAUUGUACAAGUCACAAUUUUUGUUUAUACAACAAGCAAUGGUUAUCUUAACCCCUUAAUUUUGAAUUUGAAGAAAAGUGUUGAGUACUUUAUCAAUGGGAUUACUUAUUAAUUUAUUAAAGUACCAAAAUAAAGGCAGGUGAUUUACAGUUACUGGCUAAUUAUUAUAAUUUUCCCUUAAAUGAGUUCAGAUGGUGUGUCACUUUGGUUAAUGUUGUGCUUGGCAAUUGGUAAAAUUUUAAAAGUUUAAGAAAACGAUGUAUAUUGAAUGUGACACAUUUUUCAGGUAUAUAUUUGGGAAACAAAGGUCACAUAUCGAUGUUGACCUUGUUUCCUGCUAAAUAAUGUUGCUAAUAUUAUGGGAUUGUAUACAAAUGUUUUGAUUAUUUUGACCAAAGUUAAAUAAAUUUUAAUUGUGUUUACCUGAAAAAGAGCAGUUUAUUUUACUAGUAUGUCCAUGUAUAUCUGCUGGAAGAAUUUUAUAAUUUUGAUACAAAUUUUGUUUUUUAUGCUACAUUUUAAUGUUACAUGGAGGUAAUAUGUGAGAAAGGUGCAUGGGGAUGGGAGGCGCAAUGCUUAAAUGGCCUAAAAGCUAAUACAAUGCUGUGAAAGUAGUUAUUGUUAAAGCUGGGUACACAUAUUUUGACAUAUUGUUAAUUGGUUUGCAUCCUGUGUCGUUACCAUAAGCAUUAUCUUAGGGUCCAUUUGCAUAUAUGUAAAAUUUAACAUUGUGAACUUCACUUACAGGCCAGUUAUGGGUGUUCUGCCAAAUUUUUAUUCAAAUUAGUGAUCUAAAAAGAUCAUAAUAUAUAAAGUUGAAAUUAAUACUAUUUGUUGAAUUUUUACCAAUAUGUUCAAACGGUAGUUAUUAAAUUUAAAUUAAAGCUCUUUGGUUA